AUGGCAUCCUAUAUGUCAAGUCGCAUUUUCUUUUAUCUCAUUGUUUUAUUUACAAUUAUAUAUUCAAUUUAUGGUUACCGUUUAUAUGAUCUUCAAAAUAUUAAUUCUGAACAAUUUGUAAUAGAACAACAAGAUCAACCAAGAUAUAAUCAACUUCGAAGCGUUCUUUUACCAAAAAUUUGUGUUAAAAAAUUAGUAGAUAAUCAAAAUCUUCGUGAUGCAAAUCAUAAUCAUCAUUUGCAACGAACAACACGAAAAUGCUAUCCAUUUGAUAUGCGAUAA